CAGUACUUAUCGAGUGACUGUUUGUGUGAAUAUUUGUUGAACUUUUGAGUGAACUGAUUUGGGCAGUAAAUCGGUCUGCCUUGUUUGGGUCCUCGAGACUUCACAUGGAGGAGUUGACGCUAUCCGAGAAAGUGAAUUUUUUUUAACAGAAGCACGGAGUAAUCUGCAAUGACUGUAGUAAUUGGGUUCGAGGGCAGUGCCAAUAAGAUUGGCAUUGGCAUCAUCAGGGAUGGCAAAGUACUUUCCAACCCUCGGCGGACGUACAUUACCCCUCCUGGUCAAGGCUUCUUACCAAGUGACACAGCCAGACAUCAUCGCUCUGUUAUACUGACUGUCUUGAAGGAGGCUUUGGAGCAAGCUGAACUGAAACCUUCAGACAUAGACUGUGUGGCGUACACAAAAGGUCCUGGCAUGGGGGCCCCCUUGGUGACAGUAGCGUUGGUGGCCCGCACAGUCGCCCAAUUGUGGGGGAAGCCCCUCCUAGGUGUCAAUCACUGUAUUGGGCACAUCGAGAUGGGCCGGCUUAUCACUAAAGCCAGUAACCCCACCGUGCUGUAUGUAAGCGGUGGGAACACACAGGUCAUUGCAUACUCUGAACGCCGCUACAGGAUAUUCGGGGAGACUAUAGACAUCGCAGUUGGCAACUGUUUGGACAGGUUUGCCAGAGUUAUUAAGAUUUCAAACGACCCCAGUCCUGGCUAUAACAUAGAACAGAUGGCCAAGAAAGGGAGUCAGUAUGUGGAGCUUCCAUAUACAGUAAAAGGAAUGGAUGUGUCAUUUUCUGGGAUUCUGUCUUACAUUGAGGAUGCUGCUCAUAAGAUGCUUGGCUCUGGUCAGUGUACAGCAGCGGACUUGUGUUUCUCCUUGCAGGAGACUGUGUUCUCCAUGCUGGUGGAAAUUACAGAGAGGGCCAUGGCGCACUGCGGCUCCCAGGAAGUCCUCAUUGUUGGCGGUGUUGGCUGUAACGUACGUUUGCAAGAGAUGAUGGGAGUGAUGUGCUCAGAAAGAGGUGCCAAACUUUUUGCCACAGAUGAAAGAUUCUGCAUUGACAAUGGUGCAAUGAUUGCUCAAGCCGGCUGGGAAAUGUUUCGAUCUGGCCAAGUGACUGAGUUGGAGGACUCGUGGAUCACACAAAGGUACAGAACAGAUGAAGUGGAGGUGACGUGGAGAGACUAAUAAGUGGAAACUUCUGCUCUGCCACAUAAGCAUCUUUGGAACAAAUGUGGACUCCAUUUGACUCCUGGGUACCUGCCUCAAGUGCAGCAUCAGAAGGGUGAUACUGUGCAUCUGACAAAUUGUAUAGCUGAAAGACACACCUUUAGUGUGUGAAGGGUGGGGGAGUUGAUGAGCUCAACUUUCCUUAAAUGGACCACUCACCCCCUUUCACACUCAAGGCCUGCCAAGAAAACCUGUUUAACCACCAACAAUGGGACACUACUCUACAGCUAUGUGGCGUCAUUUAACGUUUUGUUCUUAAGACACCUGUUGCCAAAUGUUACACAGAAGAUAAUCCAGUCUACAGCAGGGUAAAGUUCAAUUCCCAAUAAACAAAUCAUGUCAUGUUUAUUCAUUUUAUUAAGCAAUACUGUUCACUUACAUUCCUCCUCCAGUGUAAUUAAAUUUUUUUCUUCCCCCCCCCAAAAAAAACAAAAAAUAUUGAACACUGAGCUCCCUUAUGGAUUUAUGAGCAACAUUCACCUGAUUAGAAACCAAAUAAAAAAGGAAAAACGGGGGGAAAACAGCAUUAAGAUCUGACAGAAUUAAAGGGUGAAUUCUACUGUGCUUUUGAACACACCCCUCUGUAAACCAAAGACAUUAACAGUAGAACUAGCAGGUAGACACCUUGAAUGGAGUUAGGAGGGGGUGAAAAGUGACUCUCACACAGGGAUUGGUCAUAACAGAUAUCUUUUAAGAAAGUGCUUGAUUGACCACUCGCUUUACACGGGACAGUUUAAAAAAAAAAAAAAAAGGGGGGGUGACAAAAUCAUG